UAUCGAUGAAAAUGAGUUUGCGAAAUUUUGUAAAGGUUAUCCGGCACUCUGUGUGUCAACAUAUUUUUUUUGCACGAAAAUUACGUGUUACAAAUCAUUCCUAUUUUAAUAUUUUACCCAAACAUUUUAGUACAAUGUCCUAUCAAAUUGAAGAAAAAGGAUCUUUUAAUACACCAGAUUAUCGAGUUUAUAUAAAAAAUGGAACAGAAGUUGUUUCACCAUUCCAUGAUAUUCCUUUGUUAGCUGACUCUACAGAAAAAGUUUUUAACAUGAUCGUUGAAAUUCCAAGAUGGUCAAAUGCAAAAAUGGAGAUAGAUACAAGUGCACCCCUUAACCCAAUUAAACAAGAUACGAAAAAAGGAAAAUUACGUUUUGUAACCAAUGUAUUUCCACAUAAAGGAUAUAUAUGGAAUUAUGGAGCAUUUCCUCAAACAUGGGAAAAUCCUGAAAUUUUAGAUGAGCAUACAGGAUGUAAAGGAGAUAAUGAUCCAAUUGAUGUUCUUGAAAUUGGAUACAAGGUCCGUAAUCGUGGUGAAGUUGUACAAGUUAAAGUAUUGGGAACAGUUGCUUUAAUUGAUGAAGGUGAAACUGAUUGGAAAGUUAUUGUAAUUAGUAUUGAUGAUCCAAUGGCUGCUCAAGUUAAUGAUAUCAAAGAUGUUGAUAAACAUUUCCCAGGUUUACUUAAAGCCACGGUUGAGUGGCUAAAACUUUAUAAAAUUCCUGAUGGUAAACCAGAAAAUAAAUUUGCAUUUAAUGGUGAACCAAAAGAUUCUGAAUUUGCCCUAAAAAUUAUAAAUGACACUCAUGAAUACUGGAAAACCUUAUUACAAAAAGAAAAUACUGAUGGUUUAUCAUGUGUAAAUACAACAUUGAAAAAUAAUUCAACUAUUGAUUGUGAAAAAGCCCAAGAAAUACUUGGUCAAAAUCCACCAUUGUCUGAGUCUUAUCCAUUAGACCCAGAAGUUGAUAAAUGGCAUUAUGUAAAGUUGUAAGUGUAAAUUUACAUUAUUUUCCAUAUCUGGUGAGAUGCUUUACAUGGGAAAUAACUAAUGAUAUCAAAUUGUGAUCUUAAAUUUUGCUCAUGCAAAUAUAAAUGCUUAAUAAUAGUAUUCAUUUAUUAUAUUUAUUUUAUUGUAAUAAAUUUUAUGUUUUUUGCAGUAUAAA